CGACAUUUGUCCCCUUCAACGUCGACCGCGACGACGAUGCCUCUGAAACGUGCCCUGGAAUCCUCUUCGUCGUCGCCGCCACCGGUGGCCAAACGUGUCGCUGGGCCGUCUUCCGUCUUUUCGACGCCGUACACGCCCAAGAAGCAUAGGCUUCCAGUACCGUCCGACUCGCCAACAAAUCCCUUUAGUCUUAACCGCAAGCAGAAUGCGAAUGCUCUCAAACUACCGCCCCCCAUCUCCUUCAAACACCACCUCGCUUUGCGGAUGCAGCUCGUGACUCACCCGUCUCGAGCGGACCUGUACGAGGGCGGCAAGAUGCCGCCGUUCAGGAUCGUCUCGGUACCGACGAACUACACUUUCAAGCUCUUCCACAAGCUCAUCAUGUUCCUGUUCGAGUGCGAGGAGCCCGUCUCGAAGGGGAAGGACGAUGCGCACCUGUUUGAACUCGUGCGCCGCGUUGCGAUGCAUGCCACGAAUGAGCGGCCCGGGCAGAUGAAGAUGGGGUCGAUCCACGCGAAGCUGUCCAACGAGCGGGACCCUUACUAUCGGUGUGGUGGCUUGGUCGAGGAGGUUGACGAGGAGGAUGAGGAUAGCGACGACGGUGACUGGACCUGGGAGAACGAGGAGGAGCUCACUCUGGAGAAUGCGUGGCCGCAUGGACCUGAUCUUAGGAGGGGAAUUGUCUAUCACCAUAAUAAUUACACCAUCAUACACAUCACGAUAAACACCGUGCCUCUACCAGAACGAAAGGGUAUAGGCAACCGGCCGUACACCUUCCUCGCCCGAGGUCACAUCGACCUCAACGAGCAGCCCGCUCCCGCGCCCCUCACGCCGACCACCGACGCCGGAGCCAACGCCCCCCUGUCGCCAAAGUCCCCGCCCAAGUUGCGCCUGCCGCUCUUCAAGCCGAAACUCGGUAUAUUUCCCUCGGGAAAGAACGCGCUGCCGCUCGCGCCGUGGAUGUCGCGCCCGCAGGACAAGGAGGCGGCGAUCUCCGUUCUGCGGUGGAACGCGCACGCUGCUUGGGAGAACUACGUCGACCGGUGCCGGGAGGUGGAGCGGCUGCGGGCGUUGCAGCUCGCGCGCGCGCAGAAGGCCCGCCGGGUGGAGAGGGAGAGCGAUGCGCCCUCGUCGGACGCGAUGCCCAGCUCGGACUCGUUCGCCGAUGCGCCGACACCGGGGCUGGCGCUCAUGUCGUCCUCGCCGUUCCCAUACGACAGCAUCCCGCCCACGCCCGCGCCCGUGCAGCCGCUGCACCGGCUCAUCGUCGACCGCACGAGCCGGCGGCUCUCGCGCCUUGCUGAGAAGGGCCUCUACGAGUUCGACAGCGACGAGGAGGAGGUCGACCAGUUGGCCGGCGAUGAGGGGCUAUUUGAUGGCGACGCGGCCGUCCAGCUCGCGCGGGGGAAUAGCAAGAUCAAGGGAAUAGAUCGGGACGAGGACGGGUGGACGUGGGAGGAGCCCGUGAAGAAGGAGACGAAGGAGCUGGAGGAGGUCGUGGUGUACCAGGACGACGAGGUGGAGAUAUGAGCGACGGAGCAGCGAAUGGAUAUGAUACUAAUAUGUAUUACAGGUGAUAGUCUCCUUGAUUUCGUUUGUAUAGUACACGACUAUGCGUAGCUGCAGUCACUCUUAAUUCUUCCUGCCUAUAUGUUGUUCGAUGUACAUGGCUGACUAUAUUACUGAUUGCGAACGUGUAAACAGAUAUUCUCAACCUGAUGGUGAACGUAGCCAGGCUCUCUU